AUGCAGAAGAUUUAUUCAGUAAUAUAUGUUCAUAAUUUGGAAUUUAUAGUGAAGAAAAGCAGCGAGGGGAAUGAGGAUCAUAUUAAGUACCGGUCAUUAUACAAGGCUGUACAAGAGAAUGAUUGGAAGGGAGUUGACGAUUUCAUAUCCAAAGAUCCCGCGGUGUUAACUGCCAAGAUUAAAGUAUAUACUGAGGAAACAGUUAUUCACGUAAUUACUCGAAACUUAGAUACCCCCUUUUGGCUUCUGGAGAAGCUUGCAUCGAUGGCUGGCCCAGAAUUACUAGAACGAUCGAAUAAUGAACAUGGCCUAACGCCUAUAUUCGAGGCUGCUAGAUAUGGCAAUACGAAGGCGGCAAAAGCCUUUGUUCAUAAAAACAAAGAAUUGCCAAAUAUAAGGAACAGCAACGGUUUACUUCCAAUUCACGAAGCUACAGUUCGUGGCCACAAGGAAACAAUUCAAUAUUUACUCUCAGUGACAAGAGUGCCCUUAGAUGACACGAACGGAGUGACUCUGCUUAAAAAUCUGAUCAAUUCUAGUAUCUAUGGUAUAGCUUUAGACUUAUUGAAAAGAUAUCCAAACUUAGCAUGUCUCCAGAGCCAAGACAGACGAAGUAUUUUAUUAAUACUGGCGAAUAAGCCUCUGGCGUUUGAAAGUGGGAUCAGACUUGGAUUUUGGAAACGCUUAAUCUAUGAAUGGAUUCCUGUGCAAGAAGAACAUAUUCCUGGUCCUGAAAGUGUGGACAGAGACAUAGAAACUCCCUUCGAGAGACCAAAGACAAAGUUAACAGAAUCCACACAUAUGGGAUUUUUUCAACAAAUGAUGUCUACUGCCAGAAGCUUUGCAGUUCCGAUCACCAAGAGCAUACAUGAUACAAAGUUAACGAAUAUGCAAGCACAUGAAAUUGUCAGAAUCAUGUGCCAUGACAGAGUUAUUUGGAGCAAUGAAGAAGCCUUAAAGUCAUUAACUGCACCAGUUAUUACUGCCGCAGCAUUAGGGACUUACGAGCUUGUCAAUGAAAUUAUGAAGGCCUAUUUCUUCUCGUUUACUUUAUCGAUAAGUGGUGGUGACAUAUUUCGAACUGCAAUUCUAAAUCGCCACGAAAAAGUAUUCGGUCUUGUAAAUAGAAAAAAUAUUUUACUUACAUGGGACAAGGACAUGAAGGAAGUGGCUGACAUGAGAGUAAAAGAAGACAAUAUUUUGCAUUCCGCUGGAAGGUUUGUCCCUUCAGAUCAUAUUCCGGGUCCCGCAUUGCAGAUGCAGAGGGAGCUACAAUGGUUUAAGGCUGUGGAAAAUUUUGUUCAUCCAUCCCGUCAAGAACAGCGAAACAAGUCCAAUAAAACUCCUAGACAAGUGUUUACCGAAUCACACAAGAAUUUAGUCAGAGAAGGUGAAAAAUGGAUGAAAGAGACAGCUUCGUCCUGCACAAUUGUAGCUGCACUCAUAAUCACAGUAGUCUUUGCCGCAGUUUUCACAGUACCAGGUGGCAAUGACUCUGCUAAAGGGACGCCCAUUUUCUUGCGCAAACCAUCUUUCAUAGUGUUUGUCAUAUCAGAUGCAUUUGCACUCUUUACUUCGACUGCUUCACUACUGAUGUUCUUGGCAAUCCUCACUUCGCGUUAUGCAGAAGAAGAUUUUUUGGAGUCGUUGCCGAAGAAGUUAAUCUUUGGGCUAGUCACCUUGUUCUUUUCUAUUGCAAGCAUGAUGGUGGCAUUUGGUGCAACCAUUUACAUAUUUCUUUCCCAUCCAUGGAAAUGGACCAUCAUUCCAAUUUCCCUUCUUGGCUGUCUCCCAGUAUCCUUAUUUGCUCUUUUGCAGUUUCCUCUGUUGGUUGAGAUGAUCUCUUCAACUUACGGACGAAGCAUUUUACAACCAACCAAGUAA